GUGUAUUUUAGUGAAGAAAAAUGUCUGAUUCUGCAGUUGCAACGUCCGCUUCCCCAGUGGCUGCCCCGUCAGUGUCAGUUGAGAAGAAGGUGGCCACCAAGAAGGCAUCUGGAUCCGCUGCCCCAAAGGUGAAAAGGGCUGCUGCCCCGCCAUCGCAUCCGCCAACUCAACAAAUGGUGGACGCAUCCAUCAAGAAUUUGAAGGAACGUGGCGGCUCAUCGCUUCUGGCAAUUAAGAAAUACAUCACUGCCACCUAUAAAUGCGAUGCCCAGAAGCUGGCUCCAUUCAUCAAGAAAUACUUGAAAUCCGCCGUGGUCAAUGGAAAGCUGAUCCAAACCAAGGGAAAAGGGGCGUCUGGCUCAUUUAAACUGUCGGCCUCCGCCAAGAAGGAUCCGAAGCCGAAGCCUGCGUCUGCUGAGAAGAAGGUGAAAAGCAAGAAGGUAGCCGUCAAGAAGACCGGAUCCACCGAAAGAAAGCUGCCGCCGGAGCUGACGAGAAGAAGCCCAAGGCUAAGAAGGCUGUUACCACCAAAAAGACCGCAGAGAAGAAGAAAACCGAAAAGGCAAAGGCCAAGGAUGCCAAGAAAACUGGAACCGUAA